ACUCUCAGUCUCUCUCUCCCUCUCUCUCUCUCUCUCUCUCUCUCUGUGUGUGUUUGGUGUGUGCGUCAGACGGGUGUGUGUUGCUCCCAGGAUUUCCACCCUGUCUUUCCUCCUCUGGUUGGAAACUCCUCUCUGACAGCAGACAUGGCCAGCGGAGGGAUGCAGCUUCUCGGCUUCUCUUUGGCGUUUUUAGGCAUGGUGGGUUUGAUCAUCUCCACCACCAUGACGGAGUGGAAGAUGUCCUCGUACGCAGGGGACAACAUUAUUACAGCGCAGGCCAUGUAUGAGGGACUGUGGCAGUCGUGUGUGUACCAGAGCACCGGCCAGUUACAGUGUAAAGUCUACGACUCACUCCUACAGCUACCCUUGGAGGUCCAGGCGGCUCGGGGGUUCAUGCUGUCGGGGAUCCUGCUGUGUGGCAUCGCCGUCCUGGUGGCCUCGGUGGGCAUGCAGUGCACUAAGUGCCUGGAGGAGGACGUGGAGCUCAAAAACAAAGUGGCUAUGGCCGGAGGAGUGGUGUUCGUCGUCGCAGGUGUCUGUGCUUUCGUUGCUACUAUCUGGUACGGAGAUAACAUCAGACGGCAGUUCUUCAACCCCUUCACCCCGACUAAUGGAAGGUACGAGUUUGGUAAAGCUCUGUAUAUCGGAUGGGGAGCGUGUGCUCUCACUGUGAUUGGCGGCAGCUUGCUGUGCUGUACCUGUGGCAAUAAGAGUUCAGGAGGCACAGCAGCCCGUUACCCAGCGUCCCGCCCGAACCAGCCCUCACAGCCCGGCUACGUCUAACACUCAGCCACACCUCCACUGCAGAACAGUGGGUACUCUCAGGAUAAUCCAGAUACAUAACAAAACAUCAAACCUCUCAGAUUCCCUUUUCUCUAAUGUACUGCAAAAUAUAUAAUAUUUUUCACUCACUUCAUCUUUUCUUCCUGAUUUAAUAAUGCACUCUCAAGCUGUAUGAUUUGAGAUGAAUGUUUUGUCAGAAAUCCAUGUUAUAACUGAUUGUUUGUUCAAAAUGAUAUUUUCUGUACAAUCAACUUUUCUUUGCAGAUACUUAAUGGAAAGGAAUAGGUUGCGUUAGUUUUACCAACCUGGCAACCUUUAGCCACGAAAUCCCUGAUUCUGAUUCAAAGAAACCAGACCAGUGAACUUUCACUCACUUUUCACAUGAAUUUGAACUCUUCCUAACUUUUCCAAAAAGGUGAUUUGUAAGAAUGUCUGUAGAUUUUUUUUAAAUAAUGAAAUUGUGCUAAAAUACCAAGGAACUUGUUUUUUUUUUUUUUUUUUUUUUGUGGGGGGGAUCUUUAGCUCUGCAGAACUUUAUAUUACCCCCUGCACUCAUAAAUGUCAUUUUUAAACACUUAACUCCUCUUACAUAGAUUACUAUUUGAUUAAAAUUUGUUACCAGAGUGCUAUUAGAAGAUGAAGACAUUUUUUUUAACAGAACCUUGUGCUAGUUAGUGAUAUAUUAGUGAUAAAAUGGUGUUUUUUUUUUCUUGGGCAUUAAAAAAAACUUUAAAUAACAUAUUAUUCUACACUGUUUUUAAAUGACAUCAUAAGGGGAAGUAAGGAAUCAAACACUUGUAGGUGUGUUGUUAAUUUUCAAAAACAGCAUGAACCGAAGAGUAACUGAACAAUUACGAUUUUUAGUUUAGUAAUGAAUGACACAUCAUACUUUUUAUCCAUUUAUAGGUACAUUUAAUGUUAAGCAUCCACAAGCCAAGUUAGUUUGUGUUUUUACUUAUGUUAUAGUCAAUUUUUUAAAUGAGUUAAUAAGACAAAAAAAAAAAAAAAAAAAACAACUCCUCUGUCCUGAAGACUUUCCUGUGGUGGAAAACUUACUGUUACAAAAUGCUGACACUGGAGACUCCUUGUAUAAAUGUUAAAUAAAUAUCUCCUUACAGAAAUAACAACUUAUUAUUAUUAGGCUUACAUUAGUCCCUGUGUGAGCCGUUACUAUAGAAACGAUAACAUGUUAGAAUGAGCGCAUUAAUAUAAACCUGGGAUUGUCAGAAUCCAGAACUAAACUGUGUAUAAGCUUCUCUCAUGAGUGUGACCUCACUAACCAUAAUGGAUGCAUCCAAAUGUUGUCAUCAUUUUUGUUUUUGUGAAUUGCUUUGUAAGGUAUCAAGUUUUGUUACUGAAUGCUGAAAACAUUUUUACGUCACAAAUUAACUGAAUAAAUCCUUGCUUUUGUACGA